AUGGUAGGAGCCGGUUUCGGAGGCUGCCCGCCCAUAGAGCAAGUGCAGAAGGCUGAGGUGGCAAGAACCUACAACGUUUCCAAGGCUCAGGGGAGGUUCUUUGAGAUCUUCGUAAAGGACGUGGUGGAGGCUCCCUGCACUUGCUUUCUGAAAGACAGGCGUGUGAAUGAUAAGGGCCUCCAGGACAGCGAUCAGCUCUACUGUGGUGCUGGGAAGUACAUGUCCUGGUACAACGUGACGGAGGACAACUUCUUUAUUCCGGGCCAGAACGCUCGUUUCAACCUCGUCUUUCAGCGGCCCAUCAUCCGCAGGGUUGUUUUUCCCAACGUGGUCUUGGGCUUUGCCGAGGCUGGGGCACACACAGGCUACACCUGGCUGGUGGAGUACCAGUGCAUGGAGCGGCUCAAAGUGCAGACUUACAUGGGCUUCAAUAUCUACCACCGGCACUGGGACCCUCCUGAGGCGGGUGUGCUUGCAAUCCGAGGGGUUAUCGAGGAAGCUGGCCUUGGGGAGCACUGGACCAGCAUCAAACCAAUGGGGGGCCCUCACUGCAACUACACAUCCUCGCCUCCUGCAGCUACGUUUCAGAGCGGCCCAGCUUUGUUGGUAUAG